GCGUGGCUUCUCGGAGGUGGGGUGGGCCUGCCUGGAGGCUGGAGGGCCAGCUAGCUGCGAGCUGAGGCCAGGAGCUAGCCACGCCAGGCGCGAUGCUGUUCUGGACUGCGCUCAGCCUAGCCCUGAGUCUGCGGCUGGCGUUGGCGAGGAGUGGCGUUGAGCGCGGUCCCCCAGCAUCAGUCCCCCAGGGGGACUUGUUGUUCCUGCUGGACAGCUCAGCCAGUGUGUCACACUAUGAGUUCUCCCGGGUUCGGGAGUUUGUGGGGCAGCUGGUGGCUCCGAUGCCCCUGGGCUCUGGGGCCCUGCAUGCUAGCCUGGUGCAUGUGGGCAGCCAGCCAUACAUGGAGUUUCCCUUCAACCAGUACAAUUCAGGCCAGGCUGUCCAGGAUGCCAUACGUGCUGCAGCCCAGCGCAUGGGUGACACCAACACAGGCCUGGCACUGGCUUAUGCCAAGGAGCAGCUGUUUGCUGAGGCAGCAGGUGCCCGGCCAGGGCUGCCCAAGGUACUGGUGUGGGUGACAGACGGGGGUUCUAGCGACCCCGUGGGACCCCCUAUGCAGGAGCUCAAGGACCUGGGCGUCACCAUCUUCAUUGUCAGCACCGGCCGGGGAAACCUGCUACAGCUGUCGGCAGCCGCUUCAGCACCUGCUGAGAAGCACCUACACUUUGUGGAUGUGGAUGACCUGCACAUCAUUACCCCAGAACUUCAGAGUUCCAUUCUUGAUGCAAUGCAGCCACAACAGCUUCAUGUCUCAGAGGUUCUGUCCAGAGGCUUCCGUCUGUCCUGGCCACCCCUACUAAUGGCAGAUUCUGGUUACUACGUGCUGGAGCUUGUGCCCAGAGGUGAGCUGGGAACCUCAAGGCGCCAGCAGCUGCCUGGGAACGCCACCGGCUGGACCUGGACUGGCCUCAGCCCCGACACAGACUAUGAUGUGGUGCUUCUGCCAGAGUCUAACAUACGCCUCCUGAGACCCCAGCACGUGCGAGUGCACACCCUGCAAGAGGAGGCCGGGCCGGAGCGCAUCAUCAUCUCACACACCAGGCCGCGCAGCAUGCGCGUUAGCUGGGCCCCUGCGGUGGGCCCUGAGAUCGCCCUUGGCUACCAAGUGCAGCUCGGGCCUCUGCGGGGGGGCGGCUCCCUGCAGCACGUGGAGGUGCCAGCCAGCCACAACAGCACCAUGAUCCAGGGCCUGGCUCCCUGCACCGCCUACCUGGUGACUGUGACUGCAGCCUUUCGCUCAGGCCGCGAGAGAGCGCUGUCGGCCAAGGCCUGCACGCCCUCUGGCGACCGGACACGUGCCCCGCCAGGACACCAGGGCCCAUGACGGCCUACCCUGCCCACCCGAGGGUCCCUUCCCCUUUGCCCAGUGGGGGAGACGCCUCCGCUGCUGCAACUGAAGUUUUGCCCAGGGGUUAGGAUGUGGGCCCUGCCAUUGUUCCAUGUGGCCCCGUAGACCUUUCCCUGCAGGUCUGCCAGAGUGCGGGCCUUGCCUGACUCCUAGGACUCCUGGGACGCAUGGCCACUCUGGUAACAGCCCCCGCAGUGGCGACCUUUACCGGUUGCCAGUCCAGUGCUGAGCUUAUGGUUUUAUUCUUUUGGCAGCAUUUGGUGGGAAGUUGGACUUAAGACCCAGGACAGGCCAUUAGGAGGGGAGGCCACAGGGCUUCCCACCUCCCACCAGUGCCAAAGACUGGGGUCUUCUGGUGGCAAAGGCCCUGUGGCAUGGAGCAGAGGGACUACUCAGAACCACUUAGGUACUGCUUGUGAAUAGAAAGUGGAUGGGAGAAGGGGAGGAGAGACUUGUUCAGCCAAAGACUUGCUGAAGAAAAGGAAGGAUUAGGAGGGGUACUGAAAGGCUGCCUUCCUGUCCAGGACCUAGGCAAGGCUCAGCUAGCAGUGCCUGGGAUACAGAGUGUUUGAGGGGAGUGGGAUGGGAAUCCGGCAUUCAGCACCUUGGGGUUAGGAGUCCCUCUGCCACUGGUAGACUUUAAGGCAGACACUUGCAGGGAGCCCCUUGUGCUACAAGUUUGGGGAACUUCAUAGGGGAGGGGAAACAAACAAGGUUCCCUAGGGCAGAUUCACUCCAGCUCUGAAACACCUAGCCCCAAGGUCUCAUGUGGUGGACUACUUCCUGUUUUCACCUCCUACCCUAGGGCUCUGGAUAAAUUGCCAAGGGUGGACAGGAACAAGCUGCCUCCGUAGCCCCUAUUGGGCAGAGCCUCUGCUCCCAAAAUCACCUGCCUCAACACAAGCUCACUUUGUCUUCCCCACUAACAACCCAGACCCCAAAAUAUAGCAAGUCAGAUAUAAACAGAG